UAUAUAUAUAUAGAAUGACCAUGUCCUCGUGAAUGUUCAAAAAACAUUUUCCUUCUCUUAAUGAUCUCACGCAAAUUUCAAUUUUCUCAGAUCCCACUGCAGAUCUCCUUUUUCCCCGGAAUUUGAAAUCUCAGCAAGAAAUUAACCUGAUCAACGUUACUUCUGCCAUUUAUCAGUCAAGAUAAUUUCUUGACAAACAGAACAGUCCAAAUUCAAGAUUGCUAUCAAUGGCCGGCAAGCCAAUGAAACCAGUUCUCCAAAGACCACCGGGUUACAGAGACCCCAACCUCCAGGCAAAGCCUGCCCCGAGACCGCUACCCACAAAGGCAUUGCUGCCUCCUUCAUUCCAACCAAGGAAAAGACGGUCCAGGCAUUGCCGUCUAUGCUUAUGUUGCUUAAUCCUUCUCCUUAUUAUCGUCAUUCUCCUGAUGAUUAUCGCAGGAGGUCUAUUUUACCUGUGGUUCGAUCCAAAACUCCCCGUUUUCCACCUCCAAUCUUUUAAAUUCUCCGCUUUUAACAUCACCAAGAGAUCGGAUGGCACGUACCUUACCGCCAAAAUGGUUGCAAGAAUCGAAGUUAGGAAUCCUAAUGAAAAAAUCAUCUAUCAUUUUGGAGAGUCUAAAGUGGAAACGACAGCGGGAGACGACGAGGUUAAUUUGGGAUCGACGACCUUGCCUGAGUUCACACAGGGAAAAGAGAAUACGACUAGUUUGGAAAUUGAAACCAGUGUGAACAAUGAGCUGAUCGAGGAUGGAAUUGGAUCGAAGAUUCUUGAUCAGUUCACGAGCAAAAAACUGAAGGUGGAUAUGGAUGUGAAAACGAGCAUUGGAAUUGAUGUUGAAGGGGUGAAGACAGGGUUGCUGGGAGUGGAAGUUCUGUGUGGAGGUGUAACGUUGAAGGAGACCAAUACUGAGAUGCCAAGAUGUAUCAUAAGCACGCUUAAAUGGAUUAACAUCCGAUAACAAGAAGUUGUCUGCAGGGCUGAUGGUAAGAAUCAAUGAGACUGGAAAUCAAAUUAACGAAGCAAUUUAUGAUGGUAGACAAACAGAUGUACCUGUAACCGAAUUAUAUGGCAUGCUAAUUUUAUAUUUUUUACAUUUACAAUUACAAAAUAUAUAUAUUAUUUACUUAUUAGAGGGUUAUUAAUGGAAGAAGGUGAAGAUUAAAGAUUCAUAUAAUACAUAAAUGGUGGUUGGACCUGGUCAGGUUU